AUGAACCCCAAACCUCAGACGGGCCCUUGGGUUCGUGGCUCAGUGUCGCCCUCGGCCAGCGAUGGUGGCCAUCAGCUCGAGCGGAAGGAACCGCCCAGCUUCUUCAUCGAGCGGCUACUCGGCGUAUGGUCCGGGUCCGGAUCGACGGCCAGCGUUGAGCCGGACGGACGACGCAAGCUGGAAGACCACGAUCCGAAACCGCGACCCACGACAUUCCGAACGACCCCCGGGACGACGACGUCCUCUGCGUCCUCGCCCGCGACCAGCUGCUCGUACAUCGAGUGUCUCGAGUUCGGGGAGGACGAGAAAGAGCUGCCCGGUCCGGGUUCCCAAAGCCCAGGCCGAUCGGCACCGUUAACCACACAUUCAACCGCACCACUGACGCCGGUGCCGCGGACCACCGUUCAACUGCCGCCCAGCUGCGGUGAAGACUUCCGGGACUUCCGGACGUACUCGAGCGCGAACGCUAUCGCCAGCUGGCUGUACCAGAAGCAGCAGCACCACCAGCAGCAUAGCACCUCGCGAACCAUUCGGGAGUGGCAACUUCGCCAGCUGGACCUGGACGCGGUGCCCAAGGAAGCACCGUACGGUGGUGCACUGUACGGCUCCAAGAUCACCACCAAGCGGUACCGGAAGCAGAACCGCGACCGAAAGCCCCGGCAGGCGUACACGGCGGUGCAGCUCGAGCGGCUGGAGGAGGAGUUCAAGAAGGACAUCUACGUGAGCAUCAGCAAGCGGUCGGAGCUGUCCCGCUGCCUGAACCUCACCGACACGCAGGUGAAGACCUGGUUCCAGAACCGGCGGACCAAGUUCAAGAAGCAGACCCACUCGCGCAGCAAAAUGCUCGAGCGGACGAUGCACCACGCCCGGAUGCAGCACGCGGACAGCAUGCGCCGCUGGCUGCUCCAGCCUCCGUUCGGUGGCGGCGGCCCUGGCCCUGGUGGCGGAGGCCCUGGUGGCGACGGGAGCUUCCAGGUGGUACCGACCGGUAUGAUCUACAUCCCGCGCACCGGGCACUCCCACGCGAGCCUGACCACGCUCGUACCGCCCCGGUUGCCGCCCGCGAGGUACAUGGCCCUGGCCGGGUCGUACUACUCCGGCUCCACGCAACACCCUCCACAACGUGCCUUGCCGACGUUACUGAUCGGAGCCUCCGUUGUUGCAGCAGCGGCAGCGGCUGCAACAACCGCAAACCAAAGUCACCUGACGGCCCCCGAAACUCCGGAAGUUUCGCCUUCGCCGGACACGACGCACUGA